AUUAUUCCUUGGGGAUCGCAUCGGUGAACCUCAAAUUACGUGGGACUGGAUCGAGCAGACUGCUCGAGUGUUGGAGGACCUCAACGUACCCAUGGACAACUACCCUCGACUGGCUUCUCAACUGCUGCGCAAGGAAGCCUACGAGUGGUGGAAGAGGACCGAUGAGAGUGCGAGAACCCCUAAGCUGUGAACAUGGGCACAUUUCGAAUGGGCAUUCAAGCAAGAAUAUAUCUCAAAACGUUUCAGCGAGGAAAGACGUAAGGAAUUUGUUGAACUGGAAUAGGGAGACAUGACACUCCCUGAAUAUCGUCAGAAGUUUACCAAACUUGCAAAGUUUGCGCCAACCUUGGUGAGUACCUCAACCGAUCACAUCGAGGAGUUUAGGACGAAACUUCGACAUGACCUCAGGUCACGUGUGUCCGUCCUUACCACCAUGGAUUUCGCAGAGGCCUAUGAGAUCAUAACUAGAGCAGAUAGUGACCUGAGUGCUUGCAUAGAGUAUCUAAAGGCAAACAAUGCUGGCUCAAGCACUCACCGUCCCACUAACUCUGCCUCAAAAGGGAAAAGGCCCUUCCAGGAAUCUAGUAAUUCACAUUUCUCUAAAAAGGGAAAAUCUGUGCAAACUCAGUCGAUGGCAUCCGUUGAUAAAUCCAGGAAGCGAAAGUAUCCUGCUUGCGAACACUGUGGAAGGAACCACCCUGGAGAAUGUUGGUUGAAACAAGGGUUGUGCCUUGGCUAUGGAAAACCAGGACAUUUCAAAAAGGAGUGCCCUACAAACCCUGGAGAACCAUUUCCACCUGCUCCCGUUGCUAGCCAGUCUGCAUCAGCACGACCCGCACCAAGUCAACGUUCAACAGCGGGGUCUAAACCAGCCAAGAAUCAGAACCAACAACAAGGACGAGCUCCUGCUCGUACAUAUGCAAUGAAAGCACGAACUGAGGAAAACCCUGACGUCAUUCAGGGUAUGUUUUCCUUAUUUGAUACUGUCAUGCAUGUGUUGAUAGAACCUGGAUCAACGUUGUCUUAUAUCUGUGUACAUAUGCCUGAAAACGCUGACAUAAUGAAAGAACAUUUAGAACAACCUAUACUAGUGUCUAACCCGUGAGGACAUAGUAUGAGGUUAAAUUAUGUGUAUCAAGACUGUCCAUUGAUUGUUGAAGGACAUCAGUUCUCUGUCAAUCUUAUCGAACUACCGUACAAAGAAUUUGUCAUCAUCCUCAGAAUGGAUUGGCUCACCGAACACCAGGCAGUUAUCGAUUGCCGACGACGAACGAUUCAACUAAAGUCUGGAGAGGGAAAGUCUAUAGAGGUGAAAGAAAAGUUAACAAUUAGA